AUGCCUUGGAUGACCCUCGGAGGGAUCAUCGCUCUCCCUCUGUUUAUCUUCUUGAGGAAGCAGUUGCUAACUCCUUCAGAGCUCAAGGAUCGGUUUUCAGACAUCCGUUUUGUUCGGUUACCCAAUAUAAAGAUCUAUCUGGUUGGGGAAACUCUUUCAGGAUGUUGGGCAACUGUUGGAGUGUUGAUUGAGAAGGGCACUAAAAGAGCUAGUUCUACAGGGAAGAGCUAUUCGAUAUACAAAUUCGAGUGUUUGGAGGAAGAUACCGUUUCUGUUUUCUUGUUUGGUGAUGCUUAUGAGAGGAACUGCAAUGAGCAGGCUGGAAUGGUGUUUGCACUGUUUAAUUGUAGCCUACGCAAGGAUGCUAAGGGUGCUGGUUUUUCUUUGAGUGUGUUUUCGGCCAAUCAAAUUGUGGAGAUAGGAACUUCAGUUGAUUAUGGAGUCUGCAGAGGGAAAAGGAAGGAUGGAAUGGCUUGUACUUUAGUCAUAAAUAAAAAGGAUCACAGAAAUAUUCCACUAUGCAAACUGUGCUCAAGGGAGGGAAUUUGAGAACAGGAUUUCGGAACCCGUACCAGCCAGAAGGAGUUUUUAUGGUCGAUCCUCUAGCUGACAGAACAAACUCGAACUAGCGUUCCAUAUGCUGCUGCUAUGUUCUCUAUCUUUUUUUUGUUUGCACAGCCCCAUGUAUGUGAAGCAUUGUAUCUAAACAAGUUGGGCCGUCGAGAACCUCUAGAACCUCCCUUUCGACCAUGUUCCACAAUCACUAUUCCAUCUUCCUUCUUGCCACUCGAAUCUGGCUGAUUGCCUGGAUUCCUUGGUUUUCCCACUGGAUCUACCAUCAUCUUCCGCCGAUCUUUUGUCUGCUGUACAUAAACUUUUCGGUUACCCACUGGUUCGUUCCCUUUUGUAGUUUGUCUCUCUGUUUCUAUCUCUACCGUUGUUCUUUUCUCCCUUUCAUCUUUAUCGUUCUUUGCCUUUCUUGCCUUCCCCUUCCUCCUCCUUUUGUAUUUCAGACUUUAAUGCUCUCACCUACUCCUAGUCUUUACCAUCAUUCUGCUUCCUGUUUGUAUUGGGUUCGGUUCCAGAUUGGUUGUUCAGUACGUUGGGCUUUCUUCCUUCUUCUAGAUCUCAUUUUCCUGUUUUCCUUAGCCAUGUGUCACUCUAGUUUCUUUCUGUGUUCUUUGGUUGUUCCUUCUUUUCUUCUUUUGUUUCUUGGGACUUGUCUUGCUUCCCUUGCAGUUAUGUCGGAUAUUUCUUCGUCAAAUAAUAUUGCCAUACAUACUUUGAUUCGGGAGGUCGCUCCUGAAUUGGAGACCCAGGCUCUUUCUUUAUCACAUAAUCCUAAUCUGACAACUGCUGAAGAACCUACUUUGGAUAUGGUUCCUUGUCCUCCUUUUUGUAGCCCCAGGAAGAGAGGACGAGAUGAAACAGACUUAUGGCUGCAGACCCUCUUUCUUCUUCAAACCAUCUAUGAGUAUAUUAUGUUGGAACUGUUGUGGUUGUUCACGACCUGGGUUUUUUGUCUCAAGUUGGGUUUCUUAGAACUCUUUUAGCUUUUGAUGUGUUAUGUUUGCUGGAUACUAGACUAGAUGAUCAGGAUGUGAAUGCUAUGGUUUCUAAGCUUCCUUUUGUUACUUUUCAUUGCAUUCCGGCUGUUGGUCAAUGUGGUGGCUUAUUAUCAUUGUGGAAUAGCUCUAUCUAUAAUAUAUCGGUUUUAGUUUCUCA